AUGGAUGUUGAUCAUGAUUCUGAUCAAUCAGAAGAUUUGUUUGGAGAUGAUGAAAAUUACUUGUCAGUACGAGGCUCGAGCAUUCAAUCUCCAGAGAUCGAUGCCUCAUUCAGAUCAUUAGCUUCCACUCAACAGUAUGGAUUUUCCCCAUACAAGUCAGCUAUCGCUGGGCCAGAAUGUCCUUCGACGCCGUGCAGCCUUGGGCCUUUCUUAACAAAAGCGCCGAACUGGACAGCUGACCUCGAAACUCCCGAGGCAAAUAAAGCUCGAGUGUUGCCAAGUGUGGCAGAAAGUCCCUGUGAUUUUAAUCAAGAAAAUAUCAGCUGUAAUUCUUUAAGAUUAACUCCGACUGAAUCAAACAUCGAGGAUGUGGUUCCAGUGUCGCCAAUCAUUCCAAAAAAGAAAAGAAAACGUCAUGGCCGACGAAUAUUGAACAAUAUCUCCAAUGUGACUCCAAAAAGCAGUCUCAGGAAUAAUUUCGACAAUUCUGAGACUUCACCUAGCGUCUACUUGAGUCCAAUCGCCGAAAAGUCUAUAGAAGAUAGGCUAAGGCUAGAUGACAGUAACCGCAGUUUUUCAAGCCAAAGCUCGUAUCCCAGCUCUAGCACCAGUGGAAUCAAAUCGGGAAACUCAGUAUCACCUGUCGAACGCGUCAGAAGACUGAAAGAGUUGCAGGCGUCUAAAAAUUCUUAUUUAAAUAAAGACGAAAUCAUUCAGAUUGCCGAUGAAGUGUUUUUUAAAGACUACUUGGCUCUGGAGGCUAGUAAAUAUCAAUUUAGACCUCAGAGUGAUUUAAAGAAGCCGCUGGGUAAAGAAGGGUUUGUUACUUUUUCGCAGUUUGUAAGAGAUGACAAGGAUUUAGAUGCUGAAGAUCAUUUACCUGAUGAUUCUUUUCAUUUCGAUCAAGAUUUGCCUUUCUCUCAGAUUUGCAAAGAUAAUCAGGUGCUAAAUGAUAAUCCCCAGCUGCCUGGUGAUAAUGAAAAGUCCACUGAAGUGGUUGCUAAUGUAGAAAGUCCAGAUUUCAAGGGAUUUUCUCCAGCUUCUCGUCAGUACAGUCAAAAAUUAUUAAAAAAGCACAAUGAUUUUGCUGUCGAGUACGCUCAUAUGGAUUUUGUGGAAUCGGAUGAUAGUUUUAAAGGCUUUGAAAUUAAUGAGAUAGAUGAUAGUGGUGUGAAAAUUGCUCAAAGGUACCGUAAAUUUUAUGAAAAUUAUCUCAACGAUGUUUAUCCAGUAGGUAAAAUAAUUCGGAGGAAAAAUUCUGAUAAAAAUAUGGACGAUAAAUAUAAGUUAGUGUCUUCGUUAAGGACGGACGUUAUUUCGACAAUUAAAACUGCUAGUAAAAAAGAUAUUUUAGUUUGUGUAAAAAAUGUCGUGUCUCAGGAAUUUUUGUUGCUUGGUGACAUUGAUGAAAAACACGAUAUUGAUUUGCUUGUUGAAAGUAGAGUGGAAUCAACGCCUGUAAAAGAUAAUAAAAAUAAAAGUGAGGACUUUAAAAAUUCAGCAGUUGAUGAUUUUGAGUCUUUGGAGCUUGAUAAUGAUUUUGAGGAAGCUGUUUCAAGAGUUGAAUCCACAGGAUUUGAUACUUUUAAUGGUAAUCUUUCAAAAAAUGAACAGAAUAAUAAUACUAAGUGUAAAAUAAAUUUAGAGAGCGGCUUUAAACCCGUUGUAGUUACCAGUAACUCGGAAAUAAAUAGUAUUGGUAAGGUAAAAUUUAAACAACCGGUGAUAAAAAAAUUACCUAAACAAAGUACAAAUGUAAAUAGUUGUAAUUUAAAUGAUAGUAUUUUUGAAGAUUUAAAUUUUGAGAUGCCGAGUGAAUUAAGUGUGGGCUUUCAAACCGGACGGGGAAAAAGCAUCAAAGUGGCCGAUAACGCAAUGUUGAAGGCUAAAAAUAUAAUGUCUGAUGAUGAACUGAAUAAAAUAAAUUUUGAGAAGAGGGAUAAAGUGAACGGCGCUAAAGAGUUUACUGAGCCAGUGGCUUCGACCUCUGGGUUUCAAGUGGCUUGGAAUGAAAAAAGUGGAUUUGUUGGUAGGAAUAUUUUUACAAGCAGAAAUAAAAGUAAUGUGAGGGAGAGCGAGAAGAGUAAUAUUUUUGAUGAAGACUUUGGAGAUUUGCCGAUGAUGGGAUUCACUACAGGAGCUGGUAAAAGUAUUAAAAUUACGGAGAGUGCUAUGACGAAAGCACAGGUAGCCUUUACUAAAGAUUUAGAGACUGAGGAUCCUGAAAGUGAAAUUAUAGCUAUAAAAAACAAAAAAAUUUCUUCGGAGAUUAAUGAUUCUAGAGGCUCAUCAAUUAAUCCGAUGAUGGUAGGGUUUCAAACGGGAGCUGGUAAAAGUAUUAAGGUAGCUGAGAGCGCGAUCUCGAAAGCGCAGGUAGCAUUUGCUAAAGAUUUAGAGACCGAAGAUCCUGAGGGUGAAAUUAUCGCAAUGAAGAGCAGAAAAAUUGCUUCUGAAGAUAAAAGCUUAAGAGGCCCAUCGAUCAGUCCAAUGAUGAUGGGAUUUCAAACGGGAGCUGGUAAGAGUAUUAAGGUGGCUGAGAAUGCAGUCUCGAGAGCGCAGGUAGCAUUUUCUAAAGACCUAGAAGAUGAAAAUCCUGCAAGUAAAAUUCUGGAAUUGAAACAGAAGAAAUUAAAUCAACGAUAUUCAUUUCCUGGGCCAAGUACUUCGAAGUCAAGUAAGUCAAGUGGGUCUACAUUUGGAUCUGGAGGCUUGUUGAUUAAAAAUUCAGCAUUUAUUAACAAUGCGCACAAGCGUAAAUCCGAUGACGAAACACCGGCAGGCAGAAAGCGUCUUUGCUUAGGAUUAGACCUGCAGAAGCGCAAACUUUUUAAUGAUAUUGAAGAAGAGGACGAAAGUUUGCGGGAGUCAGCAAUGAUGUGUGAACCAGACCCAGUUAGCAGUGAUCGUAAUCUUGAAGGCUCAACGUUGCAAGCAGAAAGAAUAGACACUAAUGUCAAUUUAAAUUCUAGUAACACCAUCAAUGACGAGGUACGUGCGAGCGUUGUCGCGCUGCUGAAUGAUGACAUUGACUUUGAGGCCGAAGACACGUGGACUGAAAUUAAUAGUGUAAAUAAGCAACCGUGGAGCGGCAGCUUGGAAGGCUCUAACCGAGAUAGAGAACAAGACCAUUCAAAACCUGAGAAGAGGUCCAAGUCUUUCCCAGGUUCAGUGCCCAAAUCUUUAAACCCGGACUCUAUUCCUGAGGAUAUAUUCUUUGAGACCCAGUUUUCCCAAGAAAAUAGUUGUAACUUUGAGGAUAUUCGCGAGCAACGAAAGACUGCAGUUUUUGAGCAAGAGAGAAUAAUCGAGGCCAAAAAGAGACUCAAAGAAAAACCUGUCGUUGGGUCUUGGUUGAAAUUCAAGCAAGCUGAUAAAAUUUCUUUGGCUCGAUAUUCAAGUGAUUCCGCGCCGGAAUAUUGUUCGUUCGAAGAAAUGGAAACUAAAGGAUUGGAUCCUGUAAUAAUGACAAUUACUUCAGCAACAGCAAGUACUUAUAGAUUUACUUGUGCGUAUUUUAGAGAUCUGAGGACUAAGAUCAGUGUGCCAGUCGGUGACGGAGCUGUUUUGGUACCUGAUGAAAAAAAUCAAGCGGGUAUCAAUGAAUUUAAGAGUUCUUUUCUAGCAAGUCCGGGUGUUGAUCCCUCGUUGUUGCCACAAGGUUGGUUUGAGAACCACUACAAGUGGAUUGUGUGGAAAUUAGCCUCCAUGGAUCGCGUAAGAUUCAACAACAGUAACUCCUGUAUGAAUAACAAAUUUCUUACACCUGAAAUACUGAUGAAACAGCUGAAGUAUCGCUACGACCGCGAGAUUGACAGAUCCGAGCGUCCAGCUCUGAGAAGAAUUACAGAAAAAGACGACCCACCUUCACGGAGACUAGUUCUUUGUGUCUCGAGAGUAAUAAAAGACACGAUUGAAUUGACUGAUGGCUGGUACUCGAUUCCAGCAAGUGUUGACUCGGCAAUCCAAGCAUAUAUUUCUUCUGGGAAGUUAAAAGAAGGCACGAAAUUGAUGAUCCAGGGAGCUGAGCUGCUGAACCUCGAAGAAGGCCGGUAUCCGCUGGAAAUAACGAAAGACGUACGUCUUAAAAUUCACACUAAUUCAACGCGUCGUGCUCGCUGGGACACUAAACUCGGGUACCAGCGAUCUUGCGGUCCGCUGACCGUGACUCUGGGCUCGGUAAAGUCAAACGGCGGGGCAAUCGGCAAGUUGAUAGUCGCGGUAUCGAGGGUAUAUCCAAUUUUGUACCGCGAGAAAACGAGCGAUGGCCAGUCAAUCGUACGCAACGCUAAGUGCGAAGAGAAAGCUGCGUUGGCUUUUGAAGCAGAGUGUCAAAAACGAAUCGAAGCGAUCUGCUCGACUGCUCGUUCCUUCAGCGACUCUCAGGCUUCUACGGCAAAAUACGAACUGGAGACUCGUGUGAGGAAUAAUUUACCGAAUCGCAGGAAUGUCACGCCGAUAUUGAAGGUCAAAAUAGCGGACGGCGGUCUGUCGGCAAUGUUGACGAUCUGGUCUUGCAAUGAAGAACUCCUGAGUAGCCUGAAAGAAGAUACGUGCAUUAGUAUACGGAACGUAGUCGCGGGAGGACGCAGGGCCAAUGAACUCCAAAUAACAGCCGGCAAAUCAAGUGCCUUCGAACGAGUACCCGGUAGGAUUACCUGCUCACCGCGAGCUUUUACUUCGAUAGAAGAAGCGUCUCAACGCGGCUUCAAUCCAGUCUACGGAGAAUUUGAUACCGUGGGUAUUGUCGUGUCAACUGGACCAGCACCUCACGGGAUGAAGAACUACGAGACCGUUAAUUUGGCAUUCAAGAAUCGAGGAGAGGAUGGUGAUGAUAAUGAUAAUGGGGACUCUUCAUCUUAUCUGUCGAUCUUGUUCUGGGAAAAUAUCGCGUCGAAUGGAUUCGCCGGAAUAGCAACAGUAGGAUCUAUUAUUGCUUGUCUGAAUCUUGAGUGGCGGAAGAGCACGUAUCUAAGUAUACCAACAGCUUUUUGUUCCGAGCGCACAUUACUGACACGCAAUCCACGACAGCCUCAUCUGAGACACGCAUUCGACGCUCUCAGUGCUAGAAUCCGUGACCCGAUAUCAUACGCCGCGGAAUGCGCCAAGGCAAUACAACUGGAGGUCGAAAAAAAAUCACCCAAGCCGAGCCACUCUACGCCUAAUGCGGAUAAAAGGUGGUCCAAUUGCUGGACUCCCGACCGCGAUAACAAUCUCGUUAAUCCCGAUAGUAUUAAUAAAAAUGAUUUGAGGAAAUCUGCGAUUUUAAAUAGUCGCGACAGAGUUCGCUGGCACGAAGCGCACGAAUCUUCUAUUUUAUACAUUUCAAACUCUCCGAAAAUAAACAACUCACUUAACAUUAAUGUUAAUCGGUCCAAGCCAUAA